AUGGCUUUAGUUCGUAGGAUAGGAUCAUCCCUGCUAUCUCACAAGGAGUACAGCCGUUUCCUUGAUAACAGAAAGUGGCUUGAAGGUGCCCUUGAGGGGUUUUCGAUUGAGAAUGUUUUAGGUAUUUCUCAAUUGUCUUCUCGACCCUCUGUUUUAAUGUAUGGGUCGUGUGUUUCUGGAACGGCUUUUAGCAAUGCAGAUGCUGAUUACGCAGUGUUAUUUCUCACGCAAGGGAAUACUGAGGAGUCGUCAAUGGCUAACAUGCUGAACUAUACGCAUUCAAAAUUUAUUGAAGUGAAACGAGAGCAUCAUCAGAGGGUUCUCUUGGCAAUUUUGGAGCAUAUCAGGGUAUCUUUCUGUUCGACGGUGCUGAAGUGCGAGCAAAUUUACUCGGCUCGUGUUCCUUUUAUUCGGCUUUUCAAGAGUAGUGCGAAUAACACAGAGGGAAGUCACUUGGAUGUGUCUCUUUCUUUUGAUGGUCCCAGAAAUUCUUUGUUGCUUAGGCUUUACAUGGAGGGGGACCCACGCCUUAGGUGCGGCGUUCUUUGUGCGAAGAAAUGGUGCCGCUCUCAAGGUAUUCUUGAUGCUCGUCGAGGUUGGAUUUCUGCAUACGCCCUCACUGUCAUGUAUAUAUUUUACAUGCAGGUGACGAAGAGAGCAGUGCGUAUUAUUGAUGAAAGUGAAGUCAACAAUAUUCUGUAUUGUAUGUCGAAGCAAAUGUUGGAGGGGGUCAAUGAAUGCUUUCCUUUUGUUGGAGAUGUAUGUUCUUGUAGUGACGUUGACAUACAGAAUGUUUUAAGUGAUUUACAUGGCUUUUUUCAUUUCUUUGGGGGCUCAAUGUGUUUUGAUUUUGAUACUGAUGUCGUUGACAUUAGGAAAAAUGACAAACUUGUUUCGAAAGAAUCUUGGUUGGAGGGAAUCAAUCAUUUUGAUGAGAAGACUCGUUGGAAUCUCCUGGGUUACGAAACUAUUAUGAUCCGUGACCCAUACGAAGACCACAAUUUAGGUCGUAGUGUGGAUUUCUUUCGCGGCGAGAGAAUCAGAGAGGUUUUUCGUUUGGCGUCGGAGACCAAGAUUGAGGAUGUUUUAAACGAGUUAGCAAAACAAGGAAGGCUUUCUAGUGUUUGA